AACACAACAUUACCACAACCAUGGCCGACGCAACCCUCUUCGACGACACCUUCACCCUAACCUCCCUCAACAACCAAAAAUACGACCGCGUCUCCCGCGUAACCGGCACCUCCACCGACUCCUCCACCAUUCUGUCUCUAGACAUCAACCACGAAAUCUACCCCGUUGCUGUUGGCGAAACCCUGCAGGUUGUGCUCGCGUCGACACUGAAUUUGGACGGCACCAAAGAGGAUGUGAGCAAGGGAUGGAGGGAAAAAGGCGCAGAGGAAAACUCUUUGGCGGAUAUGUUUGAUUAUGUUUGUUGGGGCAAGGUGUAUAGGUUUGAAGAGGGAGAGGGGGAGAAUAUAGGAGGAUUUUUUGGAGCUGAGGUCAGAGGGAGAAGAAGCAGAGAUGCAGAUGCGCAUGUCUACGUCUCCUUUGGUGGACUGCUGCUUUACCUCGAGGGUCCUUACAAGAAGCUCACUCCCCUGCGCAUCGACUACGUCUACCUCUUGAUCAAGAAA